AGGCUGCAGUUGCUCCCUGGGAAGGAGUGUUUGGGGGCUGCAGCGUGGAGUUGCUUAAAGUUACUCCCUGUGAGAAGGGAGUGAAGAGGCUAGCAAACCCAGAGGAGUGGGGAAGGCCAGGAGAUAUGGAUAGCAGCUCAGGGAAAGGCUACAAGGUGUAUAGAAUGGAUCUUGACUGCUAUGAGGAGAGUCACUGAGCCAGAACCUGGAGGGCGGGCCUGGGUUUCCCAGCCAGCUGCUACAGGAGUUGCACUAUGAGGCAAUGAAGCAGAAAGGCACCUGAGACUGCUGGAGGUCAGGAACCUUUAUAUCUCCCUCCCACACCCAGGGGAAACCACAACAAUAGUGACCUUGCCAGAGGGCUGAGUCAAAAAGAACAUAGCUGUGGUUCCUGAGAGUGAGAGAGAGAGGGGACUACAGAGAAGAAACUGACCAGGUAUAAUUGCUGGAAAGGGUGUUGUCCUGUCUGAGCUAAUCCCCAGAACCUCCAGCAGGGAGUAGAGCAAACUCGUCACAGGGAGUUUGCUAGUUUUUAAAACAAUUUAUUAAAAGCUGAGCACCUAUGGCUGAAGAACAAGGCUAGCCUAGUUGUGGGAUAUGAAACUGGUGUAAUGAUUAUAUCACCAUUUAUAACUUUGCAUGAGUUAGCUUUAACGAGUGCUCCAGCUACUACUUUGUGCCAUUCAAAGCUUUUCAGAUGAAGCGGCAGUGUCGUGAAAAGGUUUUGGUCUCUGAAGGGCCCCAACAUUUUGAUCUCUGCAAUACACAUCAGAUGAAGGAUGGUUUUGUGGCUAAGGCACUGGACUGGGACUCGGCAGAUCUGAGUCCACUUCCUGUCUCAGUCACAGACUUCCUGUAUAACCUGAGCCUGUGACCUGAUGACCCUGGGAAUCUUAGCCUUAGUGACAUCCACUGGUUGUGCCUCAGCCAAUGCCCUGCAGUCCCUGACAGAUGCCAUGCACAUCCCACACCUCUUUGUACAGCGCAACUCAGGAGGCUCCCCGCGCACUGCUUGCCACCUAAAUCCUAGUCUUGAGGAGGAAGAAUAUACACUAGCAGCCAGACCGCCUGUCCGUCUCAAUGAUGUUAUGCUGAAACUCGUCACCGAACUUCGAUGGCAAAAAUUCAUAGUAUUUUAUGACAGUGAUUAUGAUAUUCGUGGGCUGCAGGGAUUUCUGGACCAGGCCUCUAGAUUAGGACUUGAUGUAUCUUUGCAAAAGGUGGACAGAAACAUCAGCAGAGUUUUUGCCAGCCUUUUUACUACCAUGAAAACUGAAGAGUUGAAUCGCUACCGUGACACAUUACGAAGAGCAAUCUUACUUCUAAGCCCCAGGGGAGCCCAAACUUUCAUCAAUGAGGCUGUGGAAACCAACCUUGCUUCCAAGGAUAGUCACUGGGUCUUUGUAAAUGAGGAAAUCAGUGAUAAUGAAAUAUUAGAACUGGUACACAGUGCUCUCGGGAGGAUGACAGUUAUCCGGCAAAUCUUCCCUCUGUCAAGAGACAACAAUCAGAGAUGCAUGAGAAAUAAUCAUAGAAUAUCUUCAUUGCUCUGUGAUCCACAAGAAGGCUAUCUGCAGAUGCUGCAGGUUUCUAACCUCUAUCUAUAUGACAGCGUGCUCAUGUUGGCCAAUGCCUUCCAUAGAAAGCUGGAGGACAGGAAAUGGCACAGCAUGGCAAGCUUGAACUGCAUGAGGAAAUCCACCAAACCUUGGAAUGGAGGUCGAUCCAUGUUGGAGACUAUUAAGAAGGGACAUAUAACUGGGCUCACUGGCGUUAUGGAAUUUAGAGAAGACGGCUCCAAUCCCUAUGUCCAAUUUGAAAUACUGGGCACCAGCUAUAGUGAAACAUUUGGCAAAGAUGUGCGGAGGUUGGCAACAUGGGACUCUGAAAAGGGACUGAAUGGGAGCCUACAAGAACGCCGUCUGGGCAGUGACUUACAAGGACUGACACUGAAAGUGGUGACUGUCUUGGAAGAGCCUUUUGUGAUGGUGGCAGAGAACAUACUUGGGCAACCGAAGCGCUAUAAAGGAUUUUCCAUUGAUGUCUUGGAUGCACUUGCCAAGAAUCUGGGCUUCAAGUAUGAGAUUUAUCAAUCUCCUGAUGGCAAGUAUGGACACCAGCUCCAUAACAGCUCUUGGAAUGGCAUGAUUGGAGAACUUAUUAACAAGAGAGCAGAUUUGGCAAUCUCGGCUAUCACUAUAACACCAGAACGGGAAAGUGUUGUCGACUUCAGCAAGCGGUACAUGGAUUAUUCAGUGGGGAUUCUAAUCAAGAAGCCUGAAGAGAAAAUCAACAUCUUCUCUCUCUUUGCUCCCUUUGAUUUUGCGGUGUGGGCCUGCAUUGCAGCUGCCAUCCCUGUAGUUGGUGUCUUGAUAUUUGUUUUAAACCGUAUCCAGGCAGUGAGAGCACAGAAUUCUUCACAUCCCAGUCCCUCUGCUUCCUCCACGCUUCACAGUGCCAUUUGGAUUGUGUAUGGGGCCUUUGUUCAGCAAGGUGGUGAAUCUGCUAUCAAUUCUGUGGCUAUGCGCAUUGUGAUGGGAAGUUGGUGGCUCUUUACCCUUAUUGUGUGUUCAUCCUAUACAGCUAAUUUAGCAGCAUUUCUCACAGUAUCAAGGAUGGAUAAUCCUAUAAGAACAUUUCAAGAUCUGUCCAAACAAAUGGAUAUGUCUUAUGGUACUGUCAGGGAUUCAGCAGUGUAUGAAUACUUCAAAGCAAAAGGGACAAACCCUUUGGAGCAGGAUAACACAUUUGCUGAACUGUGGAGGACAAUCAGUAAAAAUAAUGGGGCAGAUAACUGUGUAUCAAACCCUUCUGAAGGCAUCAGGAAGGCAAAGAGAGGCAACUAUGCUUUUUUGUGGGAUGUAACAGUGGUGGAAUAUGCAGCCCUGACAGAUGAUGAGUGUUCUGUGACGGUCAUUGGAAACAGCAUCAGUAGUAAAGGAUAUGGGAUAGCACUCCAGCAUGGCAGCCCCUACAGGGAUCUCUUCUCCCAAAGGAUCUUAGAAUUACAAGACACUGGGGACUUGGAUGUACUCAAACAGAAAUGGUGGCCACGGAUGGGACGUUGUGACCUGAACAGCCACACCAAUGCACAAACAGAUGGCAAGGCACUGAAGCUUCACAGUUUUGCAGGCGUCUUCUGCAUUUUAGCAGUAGGCCUUCUUCUUGCGUGUUUGGUGGCAGCGCUGGAGUUGUGGUGGAACAGCAACCGUUGUCAUCAAGAAACUCCAAAAGAGGAUAAAGAAGUAAAUCUGGAGCAGGUCCACAGACGUAUGAACAGUUUAAUUGAUGAAGACAUAGCCCACAAGCAAAUCUCUCCAGCGUCCAUUGAAAUCUCAGCCUUGGAGAUUGGUGGCAUGCAGCCAAGUCAGACCCUGGAGCCAGUACGCGAAUACCAGAACACACAACUUUCUGUCACCACCUUUUUACCAGAACAGACAAGUCAUGGUGCCAGCAGGACACUCACAACUGCCUCUGGUAGUAACCUGCCAUUGCCCCUUAGCAGCUCAGCCACCAUGCCCUCUAUACAGUGUAAACACAGAUCACCAAAUGGAGGACUGUUUCGUCAGAGCCCCGUGAAAACACCUAUCCCGAUGUCAUUUCAGUCUGUGCCAGGGGGAGUCAUUCCAGAAGCCAUGGAGCCUUCCCAUGGAACAUCCAUAUAAUGAAAAUAAACAAAAAAACAACCAGCAGAGCUUUUUAAUACAAUCUGAAACAAAAACAAAAACUUUUACAUUUUUCAUGUACAUAUCUGUAAAUAAUGAAAGAAUGAAGUGGGGUAAAAGUGUAUUUUGAAUAUUCCCAAUUUUCGAAGUCAGUAAAAAACAAAACAAAAACAAAAAACAAAAACAAAAAAAUGUAUGAAUGACUUUGUAAAUUUUGUUCUAUAUGAAUAAAAAGGCAAACUACUUGUGAUCGUUCUCAAGUGCCAAAGAAGACCUGUUACUGGGACUGAGGGCAGUUAAACAAAAAAUAAUGGAUUUCAACCCUUACUCCUUAUUUGUUCUAUUUUUGUUUUACUAUUUUUGUUUCUAAAGCAGCAAAGUUAUCCAUUUGUCGCUGUAAAAGUUUACUCUCCUCAGCACUCUCUUCUUCUCGGUACCCUAUUUCAUAGUCAUGGUGGCAGUUCGCUUGAAGAUCUAACAGCAGAUAUUAGCAAAGCAGUAAUAUAUGUUUUAAACCUGAAUUAUAAGUAUAAAGAAGCAAACAAUAAACAGAACAACUGAACUCUUUCCUUCUAACAGGGAUUA